GUCGGAUUACAGCGAGUCUGCGCUCCCCCAUUCCUUACGCGGUCUGCUCUCGAUGCCAUGGGCUCUGGUGGCUCUGUGGUGGAGGAUGCGACCGCAGCGACCGCAGCGCCCUCCUUGGCCGCGGUCGUGCAACGCUUAUGGCGGAGCGCCGCUGAGGAGGGUGCCUUGGAGGCGGCGCUGGGAGACAUGGCCAAGCAAGUGGAUGACCCUCAGGUGCAACAGCUGGGCUGCUUCGUUUUAGCCGGCCUCACCGCGGGGGAGGAGGAGGAUGUGCUGGUGGCGGAGCAACGGCACCGCGCGGUGAAGGCCGGAGCGCUGGAAGCUCUCUGCGGCGCCGGCCGGCGCUUUCCGGACGAGGUCGUCUUGCAGCGCCAGUGCUUGUUGGCGCUCUCCCACCUGGCCCACCACCGGACCCGAGCCGCCGAGGCCGGCGCGAUCAAUGUGGCCCUCGCGGCCCUCCUGCCGCGCGAGUCCCCUCAGCACCCACGCCGGGCGGACGCGGCGUUGGCAGAGCCGGGAGUGAGGAUUCUGCAGCAACUCGUGGAGCUGUCGCCCGAACGACGGGUCCGAGCCAUCGAGGCUGGGUUGAUUGAAGCCUUGGCCUUGAACAUGGCUGUCCUCAGCGCAGAUCUUCAAGAGGUUGCAGUCGACCUUUUGGCCUCCAGCCUGUCGGAUGGCUGGCCUGGUGCUGAUGAACGUGCCACCCAGGCUGGUGCCUUGGAAGCCCUCGUCUUCGCCAUGCGUGGGGCACUGCCGGGCCGCUUCCGUGUGCUGCGCCGAGCGGCCACCGCGCUGGGGCUGGUGGGCGCGGUUGAUCGCUCGGUGGAGGCCGGUGCCCUGGAAGCUCUGGUGGACGCCCUGACGGCCACCAAGCGCGGCGACGUCGCGGAGCACCGAGCGCUGCAGUUCCACUGCUGCAGCGCGCUAGGGCUGCUGGGCCGCCCAUGGGCGGAAAGAGCUACAGAGGCCGGAGCCUUGGAAGCCCUGAUCGAGGCCAUGCGAGACGCACCCGGUGACCCCGAGCUCCUGCAGGUGGCCUUUGGCGCCUUAGGGGUCCUCUGCGCUGGGUCCAACGACACCGACAGCCGUGUGGGGCGUGCUGAACGGGCCGUGCAGGCCGGAGCCCUCGAUCCACUUCUCACGGCACUGGCUUCGAAGACCGCGACGGCGGCGGCUGCGGGGGCACUGGGUGUGCUUUGCUGCAGCUGCGCAGCGAGGGCAGCCGAGGCCGGUGCUUCUUCAGCCUUGGCGGUGGCCAUGCGCCAUGGACCGCAGGACCUGACACUGCAGCAACGCGCCUGUGGCGCACUGGGGCGGCUGGCAGAUGUGGAUGGUGCAGAUCUGGAGGCAGAGGCCGUGAAGGCCUUAGUCGAGGCUCUUCGCCUUCAUUCAGCAGAUCAACAGGUUCAGGAGUACGCCAGCUACGCCCUCUGGAAGCAGCUUCGCAAAGAGCACGGAGGAGCUUGGCCCCUGGAUCUGCCGCGUGCGCAGGCACAAGUCAUCGAGCUCUUAGAGGCCUCAUUGGCUUUCUACAGAGGAAAAGAGCAGCACGAAGGCGUGGCUCAGCUCAUCAAGCAGCUCAGGGAAGGAUGCGUGAUUCCUGAUGCGCAGACCGUACUCAAUGCAGAAGAGGUGGAUCCGGUGGCGGAUGCGUGAAAUGGAUGUGAAUCCUGAGG